AUGCCAGCACCUAGCAAGUCAAGGACGUCUGCGUCUGACGACACGUCGUCCCCUCUACCCUCUAAGCCGUCUUCGACAUUGCAAGUUGCGCCGCCUGUCGUCGAACUAGUCUCGCGGACCCGCCUGUUUCCCGAAGACCACACCAGCUCAGGCGUACACGAAACGCCACUAUCCAUCCUCGACAACUUCUCCGUCCGGUUCUCGCUGGUACACGCGGCGUGGUACUAUGACAACCCGGCGGGAAGAGAAGGCGCAUUCGCGCCGCACUCCUUCCUCUGGUCCCUGCGGAAGACGCUGAACGCCUAUCCUCAGUGGGCGGGCCAGCUGCAGUGGAUCCCCUACGACCCGAGCAGUGGACAACGCAUCGGACGUGUUUCCAUCUCGUACGGCUCCCCCACCGACCCCGGAAUCGAAGUGAUUCUUGCGCGCUGUACCACCCCCAUGGCGGCGCACGUCGCGGACGGUCAGACGCGGAUCAAGGCCGGGGUGUGGUGUGCCGACCACUUCUCCACCGCGCAGAUCCUCCUCCCCACCAACAUCGCGCUCUGGGACUUCCCCGUGUGCGAGGGCCGACCCGGCGUGUCUGUGCAACUGACGACGUUCGCCUGCGGUGGUGUUAGCAUCGCCCUGCGUAUCGCCCACGCUCUCGCCGACGCGACUUCUCUGUUUCAGUUCGUCCACGACUGGGCUGCGAUCCACCGUGCAGUGCUCGACGGCUGUCCCUUGCCCGUCCCCGCCCCCAUUUUCGACCCUCGUCUGCUUGACAAAGCGUGCCUCGAAGCCAAGGACGGUGCCGAACCCGUCCGCAACGUGAUACACCCUGUGCGCUCGCUCCCCAUGGCCACCCACAGCAGUCACCCGGGCGACACAUCGCCCGCGUGCAGUAGCAUGACCUCCGCUCCGCGUGGACCCGGAGCGUGUACCGACCUCACAGCACGCGCGCCGCGGAUGCCCUGGGCGGAAUGGAGGAUCGUCGCUCCGGCUUCGGCGCACUACCAUAUCUGCUUCACCCCCACGGAGAUUCAGGAGAUCUGGGAGGCGGUCAGCGCAGAUACCCCCGCCCGGACCCGCAUCAGCCGACUCGAUGCGCUGCUCGCCUUCAUCUGGAGCCUCAUCACGCGCGCCCGCAGUGUUCCUGACGCAGAUGACUCGGCCCCCGCGCGGAUGGUCGUCGCCAUCGGCGUGCGGGCGCGUCUAGUCCCUCGCCUGUCGGACGCGUUCCUGGGCUCGCCAAUCCUCCUCUCGUUGAUAUCCCUGCCAGGGUCGGAGGUGGCCGCGUCCCCUGGGGCUGGCGCAGCCGCGAUCCGCAACACGGUCUCGCAGUACACCUCCGAGGCGAUCGGCGCGGUCCUGAACAUGGCGCGGCAGUCAAACUCGCAGCGCUUCUGGCGCGCGUUCCUGGGGAAGCGGUACACCACCGUGACGUCCUGGGUCGGCCUGGGAGGCUACAAGCUCGACUUCGGGGGAGGGCUGCCUCGGUAUGUGGACCCGGUCAUUCCCGGCAUCGAUGGGUGCAUCCAUGUGAUGGAAGCCGGACCGUCUACGGCAGCGGUGGGUAGCUCUGCGAGGCCAGGGUCGGGCGACCGAUGGUACGACGAGCCUGUGUGUUUGUCCUUGCACCUGGCGACGGAGGUGAUGGAUAGACUGUUGCUUGAUCCUCAGCUGAGGAAGUACAGAGAUGAGUAG